AUGGAUUCAUCGAAUUCUUUGACACCGUCAUUAACUAUUGAAAAUGAUCUUGAUCCUCCUGAUGGCGAUGAUGAUUUUAAGCGUAUACUAUUUCCAAUUCUAUCAACAAAUAUUUCUCCACUUCGACCAUCAAUAACAAGUCCAUCAUAUCAUGAUACAAAACAAUAUAAAAAUUUAUUUUUCGAAAGUUGUAUACAAAUUCAAGAACAGAUAGCUCAUCAUCGUUGGCCAUUCUGUCCGAUUUAUUUAUUACAUAUUAAUACUUAUUGUCAUAUUGAUUCUUUUUCAAUACCAGCAGAAAUUGCUCUUGUUGAAACAACAUUUUGGCCACAAUUAUAUGGUAGUAAUAAUGAUGUACAAUCUAUGAAUAUAUCAAGAAAAAUAAAUGAACAUUAUGAACGUCAUUCACAUUUAUAUAAACGUUUUUGUUCGAUUACAGAUGAUUUUCAUGAUUUUGUUCAUCCAGGUGAUCAAUUACCCACUGGUUAUCAAGCAGAUAUUCUCGAACAUUCAAGAAGAACUCAUGGUAUACCAUGUACACCUAAUGAAAAAAUUGGUACACAAGAUUAUAAUCAAUUAUUAGAUGAUUUAAAUGAAAUGCUUGAUUCAUUAUGUGAUUUUCGUAAAAAAAUUGAUGAUGAACGUAUGCCAAUGUUUUGUACAAUGGAAUCAUUUUGGUCGACCAAAGCAGCACUUGAUUGGAUUUAUGAUCAACCAUCAACACGAGAUCGACUUGAUGAUUAUACAUUAUAUCCUAUCGAAGCAUUAAUUGCUGUUAUCUAUGAAAAUUUUUAUAAUCGAGCUCAAUUUAAAUGUGAUUUAGGAAUUUUAAUGGGGAAAACUCCUCAACAACCUGUUCUACAUUCUCGUGCAUGUGAUUAUCAUGCUAUACUUGAAAAUAAAUACUGUGCUAUGGCUCAUGUUCGAGAUUUGGCUAGUUAUUAUACUUCAUUAAUGGCUUAUUUAUUCUAUACAUAUUGUGAUCAUAAUUCAUCAACAUUAUUACCUUAUAUAAAAGUAACUUAUCAUGGUAGUUUAGCAUUACAACGAGAAGCUUAUUGGUCUGGUAGAAAAGAUGAAUAUAAAAAAAAUCCGAAUAAAAAUUCUCUAAAAUCAAAUUGUACUUUAUCAUUAUCAUCAUCAUCAUCAGAUGCAAGUUUAAAUGAUAAAUUAUUUGAGAAUACAAAAAAUUCUAUGAAAACAAAAAAAUAUGAAAAUAAUCGAAAUAAUUCAACAAAAAAUAUUUCGUGUUCAAAUUUAAAUCCAUUAGCAAUACCAUUUCUUAAUCAAACUGAACAACAACCACAAACUAUUCAACGUCCUACAGAUAAUGAGAAAACACCAGCUCAAUUAGUAUUAUUUGAACCACGUUCUAAUCCAUCACGUGAACGAUCAUGUCAAACAAUUUAUCAACGUAUACAUCAUCGACCAUGUGAAGAUUGGGAUUAA